GACCGGCAGAUGUAAAAAUCUGGCUGCGUGUGCAGAGAAACCUUUAGACCAAAACAAAGCUGGAGGAAUCAAGAGUCUAGAAGUGGAUUACAGCCCUUCAUUGUUGUUGAAUAUUCCAUUGGCACUGCAACAUGUGUUGGUACAGUCUUCUCUCUGUGUAUUAGUCGUGAGUAUGUUAAUCCAUGAAGUCCAUAAAGAAAAAGUAGUGCCCCAUUUGCUCAUGAAUUCAGGCAUAUCCACACUACUACAGAGCUGGAUUGGAUCGCGCUUACCAUUGAUCCAGGCUCCAUCUCUGGAUUUUCUGAUCCCUGCCAUGACCCUUAUUUCUGCUCAAACAGGGACUCAUGUAUCCUGCAGGGGGCAGUGUACUGAAUCAGAGGAGACCGUGGCCCCAGCACACCCAAUAAGAGAGUUGAGAGGCAUGACUCUAGUUUCAGGUAUGGUGCAGCUGGCUGUGGGUUUGACCGGUCUGGGUGGGUUUGCACUGGGACGGAGUGGGCCAUUAGUUUUGGCCCCGCUACUCUGCAUCCUUGGGUUUUCAAUCUACAGAGAGGCGGCCCUGCUUUGCUCCGACCAUUGGGGCAUGGCAGCACUGGCAGUUGUACUUUUGGUAAUCCUGUCUCAACACCUGCACUCCUUCCUGCGGAUGGCUUUGUUUCCGAUCUGCCGGAAGCUCUCUGUACUUUUCUCUGUGAUGGUAACAUGGGGAGUUUGUGUUGCCCUGGUGAAGUGGGGAGGUGUUCAUCUUACCUCUCUGUCCCAGAUACUUUUAUCAGAGCAAACUUUAAAUGACACAUUUAUUCGAUCGAUGAACACUUCGCACCCAUCUGACAUGUCAAAUCACCCUGUACCCUGGCUGGACUUCCCCCUACCCGCUUCAGCACUCCCCCUGCUGUCUGGUAAAAGCAUUGCAGCAGGAGUGGCUGGAGGCCUGUCUGCCAGUAUUAGCUCUUUAGCUGUGUAUGUGGUAGCAGCCCGGCUCCUGAAAACUCCUGUACCCCCAGCGCAUGCCUGUAACAGGGGACUGUGUGUGGAUGGAUUUGGAAGUGUGCUCACAAGCCUGAUGGGGGCGCCAGUAGGUCUGUGCAGCAGUGUCCCUAAUGCAGGCAUUAUUGGGCUCAGCCAGUCUGGGUCUCGGAGCACAGUGCAGUUUGCCGGGGUGUUGUUGGUAAUUCUGGGUGUGUCUCCACAGCUAGCUCAGAUGUUCUGCUCAGUACCUCUGGCCAUCCAUGGUGCUGUGCUCAGCGUGGCAUACACACUUGCUAUAGCAACAGGCAUAACUUAUUUCCAACAUGCCAAUGUGGACUCAGGACGUAACAUAUUUAACAUCGGCUUCACUGUGUUCAUGUCAUUAGCACUACCGCGCUGGUUUCGACUUCAUUCCAGUUUUAUUCAAACAGGUGCACCCAGUGUCGAUGUUUUUCUCCAGUGUCUUCUAACAUUACCCGUUUUCUUUGUUGGAGUUUUGGCUUUUUUUCUAGAGCACACGGUUUCAGGAACCCUAUCUGAGAGGGGUCUUGUGUGGCAUGAAGGCACAAAGAAGAUUCAGUCUCUCGCCGAUCAGCAGCAAGGAUACAGCCAUAGCCCAGAUUCAGUAUAUGAUCCACAUCCUCUCAUAAUAAAACUGAUGGAUUUGCCUGGAUUGAGAACUGUCCCCUUCUGUGCCUGCAGAAUAAAUCCUGUUGAAGAAGUGACUGUAACUGUACCGGAGAUGUCAAGCUUAUUAUCUGACAGGGAUGCUGGUGUUGGCACUACCUGAUUUUUGCUACUUUGUAUUUUAAUUUUUAUUUAAACACUCAAUUUAAAGUUUGUUUUGAUAUAUUGUACUGUUGUAUUAUGUUUAUAAUUGGUAUAGUUUGACCGAAUGGUUUUUCGAGGAACCAAACAUAGUUCUUCUGUGGCAUCUCUGUGCAAAAACUUUGAAGCACAUUUAUUGUUAGUGUGUUGGGUUAAGAAUGCUGGGUUGUUUUAACCCAUGAUUGGGUCAAAUAUGGACAUUUAUAGGUUAAAGGUCACCUAAUUUGGAACGUUCACUUUUAUAUUGUUUGGACAUAAUUAUGUGUCGCCUGUGUGUACACUACAACCAUGUAAGGAUAAAAAUCUGGUCACUUUUUUUUAGAAUCCCCAUAAAACCUUAACAGUCUCAUUGGACAAGCUGUUGGUGUUUUCUGAGCAAACUGAAGUCACUUUGCGUAGGCCCCGCCCACAACCAUCUAAAGAUCAGAGUUAGGUCAUCAUUUCUCAUUGAAAUCCUCUUUACAUAAUUCAUUACUGCACAUUCAUUAUGAACAACAAAUUAAGGUGGUUGUCUUAAUUAAAAACUGUUUUCAAUAAGGAGGAAAGCAGCAGCUCAUUUGCAUUUAAAGAGACACGCACAAAAAACUGUGUUUUAAGUUUUGGGGACACCUGAGACUAAUAUGCCACCAUGACAAAUUGCCUGUUAAAACUGUAAAUAGUGAAAGUUGAAUUAACUUAAAAAUGACCUCAAAUGGUAACACACUCUUAAUUCACUUUUUAUUUUGAUCCCUUUGCUGGGUAAAUAUUGGCCAGAACACAUGUUGGGUUACAAAUAAACCUAUGCUGGGUUGUUGUUAACCCAACCAUGCGUUUAAACAACCCAUAGGUUUUAUUUAUUAAAUCUUUCCCCACCAGCAUUAUUUUUCAAGUUGCCAGCGGCAGCAUUUUUUAUGAUUUUCACAAAAGUUGAAUGCCUUCCCGAAAAUGUUCUUCUUUAAAUAUAAAAACAUACAAUAUAUCAAAUGAAAGAAUAGACCAUCUGCUUAAAAACAAAAAACCAUUUCAUCCUAUCUUCAUUUAUUCUCUUUUUAUCAUCUCUCAAAUAUGGGUAGGUUUCUUCAAAAAUAAAACA